ACGUAUGCAAGGCAGACGAUCUUUAUCGUAUAAAAAGCGCAUCUUCUCAGAAGAACUGUGAUACCGACGUGAGUAACAACGGGUUUAUUUAUAAAAUUUUAAAUACGACGAUUUAAUCAUUUUCACAGUGUUGUUGGAUUUCCAUACGUCGCUAAAAUGAGCAACGAUACUGAGGUGGACAUGAAAGAUGUUGAGCUGAAUGAGGUGGACCAGGAGAAGCAGCCCAUGACCGUGUCAGAAACCGGAAAUAACGAUGCUAUCUCGCCUGUACCAGAGAAGAAUGGGAUCGUCAAAUUAAAGAUCCCAGAAGAAGAGACUAAAUUCACUGGUCUAUCUAAAGAAGAACUGAUAAAAGUAGCUGGAACACCAGGGUGGAUAAAAAUGCGUUGGGCACUUCUUAUCCUGUUUUGGCUUGGUUGGAUUGGCAUGCUGGCCGGUGCCAUCGCCAUCAUUGUUCAAGCUCCUCGAUGCAAGCCCAUUCCUGAAAUGAACUGGUGGAACAAAGGGCCUUUGUACCAGAUUGGAGAUGUUAAAGCUUUCACAAAAUCAGAACUUGAAGGUCUGGCUGGAAAGGUUGGUGAGCUGGAUCAGUUAAAGGUGAAGGGUCUGGUCAUAGGCCCCAUCCAUGUGUCUGCUGCUGAUACUCCUGGAGAGCUGAAACUGGAUGAGAUUUCCCCAGAGGCUGGUACUCUGGAUCAUUUUGAAAAGGUCAUUCAUGAAGCACACAGAAGAGGCAUCUCUGUGGUUUUGGACCUGACUCCUAACUAUAAAGCACAAAAGCCCUGGUUCACCAAGGACAGUAUCCCAGAUGUGGCAGUACAAGUCAAGUCUGCACUGAUCUACUGGUUGAAAACUGGUGUGGAUGGAUUUCUGUUUUAUGGUGUUGAGGAGGUUUCCACUGAAGCUCCGUCCACUUGGAAUGAUAUCGGUGUCAUUAUCCACAAUCAGACUGAGAAAGAAACUAAAAAGGUCUUAAUUGGUGUGACGGACAAGUCCUUCCCUAAUAACAUAGCUGAGUUGUUGAACAGCACUGGUGUGGAUCUGCUGCUCUCUGGUGCUUUACGGUCGAAAUCUGCUCUUGAAAUUGCAGAGACUGUUGAGCAGUUAAAUUCCACUUACAAUCAGACCUCGCUGGCUUGGAACAUUGGUGACCGUGUCAGUGGACACCUUGCUUCACUGAUGGGGCUGGCCCACGUCAAGCUGUACCAACUAUUGCUGCUCACACUACCUGGUACACCAGUGUUCAAUUAUGGAGAUGAAAUUGGACUGGAAGAUGAAGGGUCCAACAUAUAUCCAUCAAUGCUAUGGCUAAAAGAUGCAAAUGAGACUCAGACCAAGAUGAAGGAAUUGAGUUCCUUGCAUAUGUUCUUCAAGGACGUGAGUCAAAAAAGAAUGAAGGAGCGUUCCUUGCUACAUGGAGAAUACGUGCCUUUGUUCAACUCAACCUAUACACUGGCUUACAUGCGUAUGUGGGAUCAGAAUGAACGUUACCUUAUUGCACUUAACUGGAAACAGGAACCAGUCACUCUUCAGCUGAAGCACACUGAGCUUCCAGAGCAAGCUACAGUUGUGUUAAAUACUAAACCAACACCAGCUGCUGGUGAUAUUCUUAACCUGGCAGAAUUAACGUUGGAGGCAGAACAGGGUGUUAUGCUGAAGUUUCCUCACAAAUUUUAAAGAACAGUUUUAAAAAUGCACUUAUUUUAAAUGCAUUUUUACAAAAUCAAUAUUUGUCAUUUUAGUAAUGCUAAAACACUGGUUCACAGCUUAAGGUUGUACUUUUACAUGCACUACGUGACUACUACAUUUGUGUUUGAGAUACAUUCCAUAGGAAGUGUUUUUCAUUCGUUUUAAAAAAUUCGUUUGCGCAGAACAUUUGCUCCGAAACCAUGUUAUGUGUUUCUUUUGUGUCCUGAGGAAACGUGCAUGAAAAUGAAAGCUGUGGACAAUAAACUAAAUGGAGCAUCA